AUGCCCCAACUAAACCCAGCCCCAUGAUUCAUAAUCUUAUCCUCCACAUGACUAAUUUAUACCAUUAUCCUACAACCAAAAAUUUUAUCUCAUCUACCCACAAAUAACCCAACUAACAAAAACAAUAAAAUUAAUACAAACUCCUGAACCUGACCAUGAACCCAACAUUCUUCGACCAAUUCAUAA